GUACUUAAAAGUUAAUAACUGCCGGGAGUGACAAGUUAAGAAUGUGAACUCGCUUAUGUUGGCGCUGUUGUUUGCUCUAAUUGUUUGAAUUUCGUAUCGCUCUCGAGAGCUUUUGUGAUAAGGAUCGUUGAGCGAUAUUAUCGAACUUUGGAACAUAAUUCAAUUGGAAUGAUCAGGACAAAAUUCCUAAUUCAAGAGCUUCAUCUAAGCAUUGGAAUGUGGAAAUGAUAUUAAGGGAAAUUGCAGAGCAUUUCAGGUUAUAAAUAUCAUUUUGGAAGGGCCAGAGGAAACAUGGCGAGGUUUAGUGAGGUAGUGUGUCGGGCGAGUGUCAUACUUCUUGGCGUUAUAUCCUUCGGUGCAACUCUACCUAUUCUUGAAAAACAUAUAGGAGAACAUGGAUCCGCAGAUGCAUUUUACCAAAAGGCUCAAGCCGCUGGGAAAACAAUGAGGGAGCAUUUGCCGGCGGUUAAACAUGUAGUCCAACACAAGCCGAACCAUCUGAAUCUGACGGCUUCGACGUCGUUGCAGCCUGACGAGAUUUCAAAGAAGCUUAAUGAUUUGCAAGCAAAGUUUGAAGAGCUGUCGGAACAGAAUGAGGCGAUGAGACGAAUGCUAGACGAGAAGGUUAACUUAAAUCAGAAUAAAGAUGGACUCGUUGGGAAACUGAAUAAAAUAUACGGGGAGAGCCCUGUCAGUGAUUCCUUAGGCAAGCUCGCCAACGACGCUCAUGCCGAAGUUGGCUUUGACGAUGUGAAGGAGCAAGCUAUCUUGUCUGAGUACAUCAGUAACCAUCGUAACAGGGAAGCGGAAUUGGUAAGGAAAAUCCGGAAUCAAACGCUAUCUUCAAGUAUUUCGUUCUUGAAAAACCGUCUUCGGCAAGAUUCGUCCUCCAAUGAGACCCAGGCGGCGGUUGACAUAAUAGCCAGGAUUCUAGUUCAACUACGUGACCCAGAAGAAUCGAAGUCAUAUGUGCACCUAUCAGAGACCGAGAUCUCACCGGGUGCUCCGAAUAGAGAAGAAUUCCAAAACGGAUCAGCGAAUGUCGUCAAAGAACUUGAACUUCACCCAGCCCUGGCAUCCCGCACAGAACCGGCUUUAAACACCAACGAUUCCGACAGAGCGACUGCGGCAUCGAGGAAGAUUGCAUUCUCUGUGGCAGCAAUUGAACCACAGCUUGGCGUGUCAGGUGUUCCCCAGGCUGUCCAGUUUCAGGAUAUCUUAGAAAACAUGGGAGAGGGUUUCCUUGCAUCCAACCACACAUUCAUCUGCAGCGUCCCAGGAUGGUAUUACUUUACAUACAGCUUAAGGACCUUUCAGGGCAAGUACCUCAGCGUGCUCCUGAUGAAGAAUGCGGAUUAUGUAGUGGGCCUUUACACGGAUAAAGACGACGUACGGAACACGAUGGAGACACAGAGCACGGUCAUCUACCUCCUGGCGGGAGAUGCGGUAUGGCUCCGCCUCCCUCCUUCUGAAGAUUUUGCUCUUUUCAGUGAUAAGUACCGAUAUUCCACCUUUACCGGAUUUUUACUCUUCAAAGAAUGAUGAACUGAAAGGACAACGUCUGGAUAAAGCAAUAUUCUAUGAUAAUAUGGCCCUUUUCAUUGGCCAUUGUCAUGUCUGUUUCCCUUUUUUCCUAUCACGCCUCGUCUUCCUCUCUCCUUGGCGGAGAAACAUGCUGCUUCUCUCAAAGUAUUAGAUUUUUGAUUUUUUUUAGUGAUAAGCACAGUUGGCUCUUUCAGAGAAAGAAUUAUGACUUGAUUAAGCAGUAUUAUUUUUAUAGAACUCUCCGAAAUACACAUUCAUAAACGCAGUAAAAACCACUAUAUAUAACUUGGUUUACGAUAUGAAUAGUAUUAUUUAAAUUUGAAUCAAAUUUGAAAUUCAAACUAAAUAUUUUUUAUUGUCACUUUCUUUAAAGUUAUAUCCCUUUUUAUAUGAAGAACAAAAUGUGAUUUUAUUUACUAAACUAGGUUAUAUGAAAUCUAUAAAGGUUGUUUCAUUUUGUGUUACUGUGCACACACACACACACACACACACACACCGCAAACAUUUAUUUAUACAAUGAAGAUUACAAACGUAAUAAUGCAUUGGAGUCUGAACGCCGACAUUAUUUUGUUGCUAAACAAAUAUAAAUACUAAACAAUAUACGUACAUAGAUUUUCGACACAUCGCGUCUUUAAAGAAAACGCAAAUAGAAAAUUUAGCAAUAAACAACAUUGGACUAAAAUGCAUUGUAUGUAUACGAGUACAAUUAUGUACAUGAUGUAGGCCUACGGGUGUGUGUGGGUGAGGGUGUUGUUGGUGUGUGUGAUUGAGCGCUGCAUCGCAAUUCUAGCAACUAACCUACUUGGAAGUUAUUUGUCUCAUAACAGUAAUAUGCAAUAUAUAUAUAUAUAUUGCCCAAUCACGAGAUCAAAUAUUGCAAUAGGAAACAUUUUUCAAACUAUUUGAUUGACGUUAUUAUUCAAAUUGCAAUUGAUUACAACUAUAUUUUUUAUCCUUUAUUUAAUGCCAUAGGGACAUUGUUUGUGAGUCAUAUUGAUCAUAAAUCAUUAUGUAAGACCCUACGCAUGGAAAUAUAUAUAUAUAUAUAUAUACGUACCUGUUAAACUUCUGCUACCGGCGGUUUCACGCCCGGACUUGAGGCAGACUGACGUUAUUGGCUAUUUGUGUGGUGCGGCGGGUCAAUUCUCGCUACCCCAAAUAGGAACAAAAAUCUCAUAAUGCGCGAGACGAGAUAAUUUUCACUCCGUCGGGUCGUCAUCACCACUUCCGGUUCAGAGUCAUGCUCGCGCGAGGUUCGCAAUACUGAGUUUUCCACCACGCUGAAAUCGAUGCCAAUCAGCGUAAUAUGUACAGAUUAUAAUACUUUUUAUCUAGUUUGGUCAGUUUUGAUUCCAUUUGAAUUAU